UUCGGAGCUACCUUGGCACCUCAGCACCUUUUUGUUUGAUUUGGUUUCUACUUGGAGGUUGGGUUUGUCGAGAGAUUGAGAGUGGGGGUGGGCUUGGCCGUGUUGGGUGCGAUAAUGGAAGGGGAUGUCGCAAGGGGCGUAGUCGAGAGGCGGGACAAUGGAGCCUAUAUGCGCUACUGUACCACGCUUUCGAGAUUGCUUUUUGCCUUUUUUUUCUUUCGCUGUUUCUGAUUUUGUGAAGCAUGUGUUUCUGGCGUCCUUCUUUCGUCGAUAUGGUAGCCAGUGCGGUAAGUGCGGAUAGAUAACGGAGGGGGGUUUGUUGGUAGUAGAUAGUAGAUAGAUGAGGGCAUUCGAACGUCACCCGUAGUCGAUCGAUCACAAAGAGCUGAAGAGCCC